AUGGCCACCUCCACCAUGUCCGUCUGCUCCAGUGACCUGAGCUACGACAGCCGGGUCUGCCUGCCCGGUUCCUGUGAUUCUUGUACUGACUCCUCCUGGCAGGUGGAUGACUGCCCAGAGAGCUGCUGUGAGCCCUCCUGCUGUGCCCCCAGCUGCUGCCAGCCCAGCUGCUGUGUUCCUUGCUGUGCCCCCAGCUGCUGCCAGUCCAGCUGCUGUGUCCCCAGCUGCUGUGCCCCAGCCCCCUGCCUGACCCUUGUCUGCACCCCAGUGAGCUGUGUGUCCAGCCCCUGCUGCCAAUCUUCCUGCUGCACACCCUCAUGCUGCCAGCAGUCUAGCUGCCAGACAGCUUGCUGCACCUGCUCCCCCUGCUGUGUGACCCUUUGCUGCAAGCCUGUGUGCUGCACACCCAUCUGCUCUGGAUCAUGCUGCCAGCAGUCUAGCUGCCAGUCCUCAUGCUGCCAGCCCUCCUGCUGUGUGCCUGUCUGCUGCAAGCCUGUGUGCUGCACACCCAUCUGCUCUGGCUCCUCCUCCUGCUGCCAGCCCUCCUGCUGUGCUCCUGUGUGCUGCAAGCCCUGCUCUAGUGUGUCCCUGCUGUGCCGGCCUGUGUGCAGACCUGCCUGCUGUGUGCCCAGCUCCUCCUGCUGUGCCUCCUCCUGCCAGCCCAGCUGUUGUCGCCCAUCCUCCAGUGUGUCCCUGCUGUGCCACCCUUCCUGCUCCAGACAGGUCUCCUGUGGCCUCUCCUCAGGCCAAAAGUCCAGCUUCUGA